CGAGUCACUCAGACGAAGGUUCAGAGGUGGAGUCGGAGCCCGAUCUGCCACUAAAGAGGAAGCAGCGGCGCAGUCGGACCACCUUCACCGCAGAGCAGCUAGAGGAGCUGGAGAGGGCCUUCGAGAGGACACACUACCCCGACAUCUACACCAGGGAGGAGCUCGCCCAGAGGGCUAAACUCACAGAGGCCAGGGUGCAGGUGUGGUUCAGCAACAGGCGGGCAAGAUGGAGGAAGCAGGCAGGAGCCAAUCAACUGAUGGCAUUUAAUCACCUGAUCCCAGGGGGUUUCCCGCCUUCAGCCAUGUCCAGUAUCCCUCCCUACCAGCUCUCUGACAGCCCCUACCCCCCAUCUAUAGCACAAGAGCCGCCCAGCACGUUGCAUCGGCCCCAGCCUCUGCCUCCAUCCUCGGCCCACCAGGCCUCUGGACCCGGAGGACAGGGUGAAGGAGGCUCUGCCUAUUGCCUCGCCUCUGGACGCCACUCCUUCUCAGGCUACUCCGACAGCUUUGUGAGCCCCGGUGGACCGGCCAAUCCCAUGAACCCCACCAUAGGAAAUGGCCUUUCUCCACAGGUGAUGGGUCUGCUGAACCCAGGCGGCGUGCCACAUCAGCCCCAAAGUGACUACGCCAUCUCACCUCUGACGGGCGGCCUCGAGCCCCCUGCCGGUAUGGCGGCCAGCUGCAGCCAACGCAUGGACCACAUCAAGGGCCUGGAGGGUCUGACCAGCGUUCCGUCCAUGUCUGCUCUGCCCUCCCUGCCCAGCUCCCAGUCCUACUGCACCCCCUCCUACAGCUCACCGGGCUACACUGUCGACCACGUCGCGUCCUACCAGUAUGGCCAGUAUGGACAAAGUGCCCUUUCUUAUCUGAGGCCCGAAAUCACCUGAUCAGAAGCUUUGGACAUUCGUGUGUACAGCCGUGGAAGUCUUUUAAAAUCUGGACCAAACUUUUUACUGCCAUUACCAGGACUAUGUUCUCCACUGUUGGACUUUGCAUGAUUAAUUCCCGGUGGAGAAAUGGACAAAGAAAAAAAAGAAAAGAAGGGACCACAAGAUGGAAUAUCAGACCAAAAACUGUUGAUUGACUGUGAACUUUGCUGCAUCAGUAUAGUCGAUGAGCAGCAGAGAUGUCAGGGACCAUCAACAGCGACCAAACUCCAUCUGUGGACUGCAGGGGUCUUUGUAAGGACAGCAAACCUAAAUCUAUCGUCACAGACUGCCAACGCUCGAAGGAACAUGUUUACAUAUCUUAGGGCCACGAGUUCAUAUGAAAUUCCACGUAUCUCUGACUUAAUCCCUGAAUUGUAUCUGCGGAAGGGCGAAAAGAAAAGGGCUUUGUUGAUUUUAUUGCAUUUAUUUGAGAUCUCUGCAUCCCACUCAUGGAGAGGAAUUCCAGGGAGAAGGAAAACAAAAAAACAAAUCUGUGGAUUUUAUUGUAUCUGAAACUCUAAUGUACACCACAUCUGUACUGCAGAGGUAGAGUUCACUCCUCCUAACCCCCUCCCUCCCCCGCUGUCUCCCUCUCUCUCUCUCCUCUCUGUCCUUCUGUCUCAUUGAUGUUUCGGACGGUGAGACGAGGAUUCCCGGGCCUUUUGUAGUUUUUAGAGCGGAGCUCGGAGGAGGUCAGGAGGUGACUUUAGGGAAAGUGACAGAUGAGAGAGCAGUAGAGGGCGGCGGCGGAGAAGUGGCUGUAAAGGAGUGGGUGGGGGAUAGGCAAGAUCGAUCACAAGGGUUGAGAAAAAAGAAAAAGAAAACCCUUUAAAGAUCCUUUCCUGGUGAAAAAAAAAGCCACCAGGUCACAAGUCACGAUCCAAGAGACACUUGAGAGACGGAGAGAGUUUAGACUGAAGACAGCCACUCUCCCAGCUGACUAGACGUGCAAUAUCAUGUAUCUCAGAGUCAACCUCACCAUUAAAACAGUAAAACAAAAAAGGUCUUACGAAACAGUUACUCUGGAUCUAGUUUGUAACUCUUGAACAACACAUGUGCCUUGGGAGGCUCUUGGGUCCAAAACAAAUAGAAAACAUUGUUAAUGUUGCUGUAAUUCUACACCGAGGGGACCACAUUUGUAAGGACUCAAGCGUCAUGAGGAAAAGAGCAAAUCAAGGGAAUAACAAUGUAAACAGAAAAUGACCAGGAAUGACAAAGCCAAAAAUUUAUUUUUUUUAAAGUUUUGUGUUGCUCUGGACCUUUUUUGUUUCCAUUUUGAAAAGGCGGGAUGGAAAAAAGAGGGUUCUGAUGCAUUGUGGACAUGUUUAUCAUCACAAACGUAUUGUAUGUCAGCAGUGUCAUUGUAAACCUUCUCCGCGUUGUACAAGCGACAAACAAACAUAAUCCAUCAAGUGCCUUCACGAGCGCUCUUGUUUUGACUAUGUUAGAGUGAAGCAGCCCUUUUAUUUCUUUGAUAUAUUUUUUGUAUUAUUUGACAAAGCGAUGUGACAUAUGUCAUGUGUACGAGCGCAUUAUCUCUACUAUUUAUAAUAAAAUCAAAAUUCUGAAAA